AGAUUCCAGCAUCUGCAAAAUCUCUUGUGUGUCUGCCCGAACCACAUCAGUGCGGCGGAGUGUAAAAUGGGAGGGCUAGCCAUCCCUGCCUUAACCUGCUUGAUGCAGUGCCCAGCAACGGACCAGCUGCUGGCAGAAAGUUCACCCAGUUGGAGUUGUAGAAGAAUGUAUAUGGCAAGAUCCGUCUUGUUGGGAUGCCAACAGUUUUUCCCACUGUAUCUCAGUAUAUGUAACUAAUAAACCAAUUACUGACAGAGACUGCAGGUGCUGGAAUCUGGAGGAACAACCAAUCUGCUGGAGGAGCUCAGCGGGUCAGGCAGCAUCUGUGGAGGGGGAAGGAACCGUCCACAUCUUGGGUCGAACCCCUGGAUCAGGACUGAGAGUGGAGGGAAUUGUUGGUGAAAAUGACUCGAUCAAAGAGGAUCGGCAAUCACAACAGCGACAAAAAGAAAAAUGUGUCAAAGCUGUGGAAGACGAAAAGGCGAACUAAAGAUUUAGACCAGAUCCAUGAAGAUAUGAAACCUGAAAAUGCAAGCAAAUUACUGCACCAGGAAGUAGAUUGUGACAUCACUGGAAAUGCACAGUUCUAUUGCUUGCACUGUGCGCGAUACUUCAUUGAUCAGAGAAGUCUUAAAGAACAUUUUAGAACAAAAGUUCACAAACGAAGGCUAAAACAAUUGAGUGAAGAGCCAUACACCCAGGACGAGGCAGAACGAGCAGCAGGAAUGGGCUCCUACAUACCAGCAAAGAAAAUCAAAGUCGAGACCCAGACCAUAGAGGAGGAAGUGAAAAUAUCAUAAUUCAUAGGUUUAACCUUUUAAUAAGAUACAUUUUGUUUCUUGAACUGCUCCCAGAGAUUAGCUGGCUUUGACCUUGUUGAUUCAGCUGCCCAUCAUGCUGUUAAAAUUAUAUUAAAAAAUACCCAAAACCAGUAACUUGAAAUUAAUUUGUGUUGCUCUAUCUGCUGUUGUGUUAAACUGGCUUUGGAAGAAGCAAGCUCCUGUUAGAAUUUUUUGGUGAUUAAGAUUUGUGCUUGAUUGAAUUUGCAUUGCCAGAUGUCAACUAAUAGCAGGAGUAGUUCAUCUCUAGAGUCUACACCACAGCCUGCUAAUUAGUCAGGAGGAGAUGGAAGGAAAUUUCCAUUUCAUACUGAUUCAGUUCUUUCAAAACAUUGGAGUGUUGCUGGGAUAGUAGUGUAAAGGGCAAGCAGACGAGGAAUUUUAAUGCAAGUAAGUUUGCUAUGAGGGCAACAAACUGAGGGUUGAAGAUGCUUAACUGGCAGAAGGAUAAUUUCAAUGAGUUGGAGAAAUCUGACCCAGGUAGUAUGGAAGCAGAUUGGCUGAAUGUGGAGCCCUAAUGGGAGCAAACUAAAUACCUUUCUGUGAAGAUGGUUGAGAAUUCGUGUUCCCUGGAUGAUAACUGAAAUUCUGAUUGAAAUCAAAAACAGGGAGAUUUUGAUAAAUAUCAGUUGCAUCACACCAAUAUAGCAGGAUACUGAAAAUAUGAGAGAAUAAACUGAGAAGGAAAUGAGGGGUUAAGAGCGGAAAAAUCAGCAUGGGAAUGAAUAACUUAUAAAAGGAAGUAUAAAGAUAGUCAAAGGAAAAGUGAGUUAGGGAUUUUAAAAAAUUUUGUGGAGGUAUAGCAUGUUUGAAGUACUAGUUUAGUUUGCAUUUGCUGUCACUAUAAACAGGAAGCCUUUGCUGUUGUCGAAAGGGGAGAGAGAGAAAUGGGAUCAAAUGCAAAUAGAUAUGGAGACGGUACCAAGAAAUUUGCCUGCUAGGAGCAGAAAACUCAUUCAGAUGGAAUGGGGUCCUGACUACAAUAUUUCUGUUUUCUUUAGAUUUGUGAGUAAUGUCAGGACUAUAGGUUGCAAAUGUAACUCCUGAAAUAAAGGUAAUUCUGGUAAUUACAGGUAGGAUAGUCUAUUGUCAUGUUAGAUCUAUAAAUUGGGACAUCAUCUAUAGUGACUUGGACAAUCGAAAGUUAAUUAGUUAUGCCCAGCCGGAUUUGUUGAAAGCAAGUAAUAUCCAACAAACCUGGAGUUAAGGAAAGUGAUGAGGAGGGUUUAAAAGGAUAGUGCAGGAUGUUCAGAGGGAUUUUCAAUUAUUUGAUGAGGUGAUGAUAGACUUUGAUUUUGCUAUAAAUUUCUAGUAUUAAAAGGCCAGCAGUAUCACAAGUACAAGAUUAUCUUGUGGACAAAAAGCAGAGUUUAAUGGCCAAUAGUUGUUUAUCAGCCUGAAGGGAGUUUACAUGGUGUUGUCCUGAAGUGAAGCAAAAAUCAAAGAAAAAACCUCCAGAUGUUGGAAGAAACAGAAUGAUGUAGCUAUUUGUUAUGCAAUGUGGGGAAUUAAACAUUUUCAAGUGGACAACCUUUCUUCAGAAUGGAGAAAAAUAUAGACAUUUGAUCUCUUCACCCCUUCCACCUUCUCUGUGACUUAAAACAUAUUUGAUAGCUAACUUUUUCCAGUUCUGAUGAAUGGUUAUUGACCUAAAGUAUUAACUGGUUCUCCCUUUCCACAGGCACUGCCUGACCAGCUGAGUAUCUCCAGAGGGUUGGUAAUAGGCCCAAUGCUCUUUGAUAUUAUUAAUUUUGUGGACUUGGGUAUUCAAGGCAAAAUUUCACAAUCAUUAAUAAUUAAUUAACUUGCGAACUGUGGAGAGUAGUUUUAUGCUGAAGGACAGGACUUGGUGGGUAUGCUAGAUAGAAAAGAAUACAGACAAUUGGAGUGAUUCAUUUAGGUAGAAAUAUUAAGUCAAAGGAGUAGAAGCAAUGCAAAAUGUUUCAAGGCUACGUCUAUUAAAAUCUUUGAAGCUGUCACGAUAGAUUACAAAAAAAAAUCCCUUCUCAAAUAUAAUUUAUGGAGUUAGCAGCUGUGAUCUCGUGAGUGGCAGAAUGGACUAUUUCUACAUAUCAGAAGCCUUAUGAAUCUACUAAUUUGCUCUUCAGCAAUAUUUUUGAUUUCCACACAAACUACAAUGUGAUUGAAAAUACCUGAAGAAAAAAUAUUUUUUUUAGUGGACAAAAAUAAGUAUUUGAAGCUAAAUUCUGAUCCUUGUGUGCUGUGUCAGCUUGAAUGAGUUGUCAGCAUUCUGGAUUCUCAGUUAGACUUUUUGCACUCUUCAUGUGUGAAACAUUGCACUCUUCCGGUUUUUUUUAGCCCAUAGAUGCUUCAAUUAAUUUAAGAUGGUGCUGUGGGACACGCAUUUUAGGGACUUAAAACUGGAGCCCUGUCUAUCUGUUAUUGCGGGUGUAAAAGUUUCAAUGGCAUUACUUCAAGAACGAGGAUAAUCUCCCUUUUAGUUUGGCCAAUAUUCAACAUGACCAAUGAUACCCAAUCAACUGGUCAUUUUCCCAUUUGCAUUGCGAGAACUAGGAACAUGUAAUUAAUGUAACCGAAGCGGUUAUUAAAAUGGAUACAGGUUCACAGUUAGGGCUCUUGAGUGGGUCAGUAGCUUGCUGUAUCUAUGUGAGAGUUAAUAUCUGCAACGUUUAUCCCAGGCUCUUAAAUGAAGCAAGGCAGGAAAUAUUGGCAACCCCACCUAUUAUUCUCCAACCCUCUUGGUUACAGGCAUGGUAGUCGGGUCUAGAAGACAAUUGUUGAUUUAAAAAGGAAGAAAAAUUAUUAAAAAGAAUUUUUAAAAUGUUAUUAAAAAUUAAAAAAAGACAGUAAAGGCAAGUUGACUAAAUAGUCAACGAGUUAUUAGAAAAAAUUCUGAGGGGUUACAGAAAUCAGGUAGAGUGGCACAAAUUAAUUGUGGAUUUGUCUGAAUUUCUUGAACUUUGAUAAUUGGUGUCUCUUUACCAUUGCCAAACUUCACAAGUCACCUGGAUGAAUAACUCAGUGCCAGGAGAUUACAAAGCUGAUGUGUGCAACCUGUGGGAUGGAGGAGGUUGCUGCAGCUCGGCCUGAUUCUAAUGAUUAAAAACACUGGUUACAUCAAAACAUGAAAGAACUUAGAAGAGCAAACAGCAGUGAAAACAUGAUAUAAUCUUCCAAGAAUCACAGGAAGCCAUUCAGCUAUCCAAUUUCCUACUCCCUAUCAGGGUAUUUUAAAUUCCACAAAUCAAGCUUGUCUCUUCUACCACUGAAUUCUAUCAUCCAGAUGGCUGACGUAUGCCAUGGCUACCAAAUUUUUGAAUGUUGUAUAGUAAUAAAAAAAAUCACUUUA